AUGCCUCCCCCUCACUAUGACUUCUUGAUCAAGUUGCUGCUCAUUGGCGACUCAGGAGUGGGGAAGUCAUGUCUCCUACUACGAUUCUGCGAUGAUGCGUGGACGCCCUCUUUCAUUACCACCAUUGGUAUCGACUUCAAGAUUCGAACAAUCGAACUCGAUGGCAAGCGCAUUAAGCUCCAAAUUUGGGACACUGCUGGACAGGAACGCUUUAGGACCAUCACUACGGCAUAUUAUCGGGGUGCCAUGGGUAUUCUCCUCGUAUACGAUGUCACAGAUGAGCGAUCGUUUAACAACAUCCGCACCUGGCACGCCAAUAUCGAACAGCACGCCUCUGAAGGCGUAAACAAGAUUCUCAUCGGUAAUAAGUCGGAUUGGACAGACAAGCGCGCAGUCACGGAGGAGCAAGGUCGAGAGCUUGCGGAUGAGCUCGGCAUUAAAUUCAUGGAGACGUCGGCGAAGGUCAACGAGGGCGUUGAAGAUGCAUUCUUUACAUUGGCUAGAGACAUCAAGGCACGACUCAUUGACUCGCAACCAGAGGCAACUGGUGCACCGAGUGGCGCAGCAGGCACGGAUGGUGCAGUGAAAGUCAGUCAGCCUGCAAGCCAGAGCCAAAGUGGAUGUUGUUAA